UAAUCUGAGCGAAGGACGUCGUUCUGCGCGUUAAGGGGCUGCUCCUAGCGACGCGAACGGCCAGCUCCCCACCGUUGACAGGCACCUCCGCCACUACCUCAGAGUCCACCACCUGCCACUGAAGAGGAACUAGCUAGGAGUACAGAUGACGAGCUAAGUGGUGAUCUUCUGCAGUUGAUGGUUCCUGUAGCUACAGAGAGACUGAUUACAUCCCAGAGUGCAUCUGGUGAUCUUACAGAUGAAGAACUUGAUGAUGAAGAAGCUGUGGCUGGCUGGGGGUCUGAUGUUCUGCAGCUACCAUCAUCUCUUGAGCUCGAUAUUCGCAUUCACAAAGGAGCAGAUUCACUUGGAUUGAGCAUUGACUCAGUGGACAAGGGUGUGAAUGGAAUGCUAGUGGUGUCUGUGGCACCUGGAGGUGCUAUGGCGAAAGAUGGUCGCAUUGUUCCUGGAGAUUAUCUGCUAUCCGUGAACAAUGAAAGUCUUCGCAAAGUUACAAACUCACAAGCGAGAGCAAUCCUACGGAGAGCGCAGCUUCUUAACACUGAUAUCAGUGUGACCUACAUUCCUGGUGAAGCUGCCACAGCCUAUAGAAAAUCAUUACUGCAAACUGAAGUGAGCACCGUUCCCAUCAAACAUAUUACACAGAUAUCCCCCAGCUCACCGUAUAUACAGAAAGCAGCAGACGCCCUCGAAGUGCACAGUGCACUUCUCAAACCUCAACAGACUAAAAAGGCAGAAAGUCCUGUGAGCACAACAGUGACUCGUAUUGUGAGUGAAUCAGAGUACUCUUCUUGUGUUGAUUUAUCACCUUUGCUUGAACGUUGUGAACAGUCAGCAACAGACUUUUGUAAUAAAGCUGUGGACCCUACAAUACCAAUAAGUGCCAGUGCAGAUAGUGUUUGUAGUUUGAAUAGACAGAAAAGAGACUCGUGUGAGCAGGAGAGUUUGCCUAAUAGUGUAACAAUUAGUCCAUCAGUCAGCAUGACUGUGACGACACAGGUGCCUUCUGCAUCAGCCGUGGAGCGUGGUGCCUCGUCUCCAUCAGUGCUUUUGGCAAAGCACUGGGGACCAGAGAGGUCUGUUGAAGUACUGCGGGAGCCUAACUGCAGUCUUGGUAUCAGUAUUGUUGGUGGAAAGGUUGAUUUAUACAAUGCAGGGCCAGACAGUGGGUCUGCCAUCUCAGGUAUCUUCAUAAAAAAUGUUCUGCCACAAAGUCCAGCAGGUCGCACAGGUGAACUUAAGACUGGAGACAGAAUUCUGGAAGUGGAUGGCAUUGACUUACGCCAUGCAAGCCAUGAAAGAGCUGUUGAGGUGAUCCGAAGUGCGGGUAACCCAGUCUGCUUUCUCGUGCAGUCCCUGAUACAGUGGAGCGUGGACGGAGAAGUUGAGAGUCAUUCGACUGAAGUUGCGCCCACAUCCUCCUCUGCAGGAGCAGUUGGUGGGUCAACCCGCAGGAGGGCACCCGCACCCCCCUCCCCCACCGGACAGCUGCUAAAGAGUGCCCCCCCUCAAGUCCCACAGGCCAGGACUCCUACACCAGAAGUUAUACAGGUGGGACUGUCAGAUGAAGGGAAGCAGGAAUUGCAGCAGAGUAACCGUGAAGUAACAGAAAAUAAAAGAUCUGAGCGAAAGUAUUCUUCAAGUGAAGACAGUGAGGAAGAUGAAGAGGAUGUGCGAGACCUGGAGGGUCGCAUUUUCACAAAAAAGGGGCAAGAGAUUCACCGAGCUAGUGCAGGAAAUGUCAAAAGGAGUAAAGAGGAGAUUGAAGCAGAUCCUGAGGAGGAAGAUGAGUUUGGAUACACAACUAGUGAGUAACGCGAAAUGACAGCA